UAGUGCUUUAGACCUGCUAGACCCAAGCACUGUAUUAUUGGAGUAGGUUGCAUGUUUCUUCAUACUUGGAAGCACAAGGGGUGGACUGACAACUCAUGGGGCCCAGACAUUAGGGGAUCAUGGGGCCCCUCUGUCCUUGCCCAAACUCAAAAAAGCCUAUGAAAAAGGUACCAGGGGCAUCUCAUGGGGCCCCCUACUGACCCCGGGCCUUCGAACAGUGCCCGAGUUUCCAAAUGGUCAGCCCGCCCCUGC